UCUGUCCUUCAAUUUAAGACGGGCGAUACUUCGGCGGAAUCGCUCUUUGCAACCACUCGCUGCUCAUGGAGACUUUGGCAAUUGUGUUACUGUCAGCCUCUUUCAUUUUGCUGGCACACUGGCUCGCAACCAAGACACGCUCGCACCACUAUCCUCCUGGCCCCAAGCCUCUCCCGAUACUAGGCAAUUUGCUUAAUGCACCUUCCAAGCAACAGUGGAAGACGUACGCUGCAUGGAAGAUUCUCUAUGGAGACACCAUCUCCUUUACGAUUCUCGGCCAGAGGAUAGUGGUUUUGAACUCGCUGGAAGCCGCAAUCGACCUUCUCGAGAAGAAAAGCGCCAUCUACUCCGACCGCCCUAGGAUGUUCAUGGUCGGCGAGCUCCUAGGUUGGGCGCAGCAGCUGGUCUUCUCACCAUAUAACGAGCACUUCCGAAACAUGCGCAAGCUGCUGCACAGGCACCUCGGUAGCAGAGGUCAACUUGAGAAAAUGGAACCCUAUCACGAGCUCAUAGAGGCUGCCGCCGCCAGAUUUCUCGUCCAGACUCUUCAAGAUGAUGGGACGGACUUCCGUCGCUUGCACAACAACGUUCACAACACAGCUGGCGCAUUUACCCUGCGGAUUGGGUACGGAUAUAAUGUGGGAGAAGGCAAGGACGAACUUGUCGAGAUGAUGGACGAAGCCCUGAUCGGAUUCGACGCUGCUGCCGUCCCUGGCGCUUUUCUUGUCGACAUCAUUCCCGCGUUAAAAUGGGUCCCGAGUUGGUUCCCUGGCGCAGCCUGGAAGCGACGCGCUCAGGAAUGGAGAAGCCUCUUCGAGCAGAUGACAGAGAUUCCGUAUGCGAUGGCAAAGGAACAAGCUCUUCAGGGUACAGGUACGGAGAGCAUUGUCAGCCAAAAUCUACACCAGGACAUGUCGCCCGAGCAAGAAUACGACCUGAAGAUGGCAGUAGCGUCACUGUAUGGGGGUGGCAGUGACACGACUGUAGCCGUCAUUCUGUCAUUUCUUCUGGCGAUGACGCUUUACCCCGAGGUACAGAAGAAAGCUCAGCAAGAAAUUGAUAGCGUCAUUGGAGGAGACAGACUGCCACUCAUCCAUGACCGCGAUCAGCUUCCUUACGUCCAAGCACUUAUCUCUGAAGUUUUCCGCUGGAAUCCCAUUGUUCCGCUUGGGAUACCCCACCGCUCCACCGAAGAUGAUACCUACCGUGGAUACUUCAUACCGAAGGGUUCCAUAGUCGUCGUUAACAUGUGGCAUCUCUUCCAAGACCCCGAGAUCUAUCCUGAGCCAGAGGCUUUCAAGCCCGAACGCUUCUUAGGCGCAAACCCUCAGCAAGAUAUCAGACUAUUUAAUUUCGGCCUCGGCAGGCGCAUUUGUCCAGGACUCAACCUUGCGGAAGCGAGCAUCUUCGCAUCCUGUGCGAUGAUCUUGGCCGUCUUCGAUAUUCAGAAGGUCGUCGAAGAUGGCAAAGUGGCGACGCCGGACUUCGCGUUUGGUACGGGAGCCGUUAGCCAUCCUCUACCCUUCAAAUGCGCGAUUAAGCCGCGGUCGAAAAAGGCGGAGGCACUGAUCCUUGGCCGGUAAAGUAAGCUGCGCGUCCGGCUCAUGUGCAUUCAGAGGACAAUAUUGUUUGUAGAACUCGUUGACCUUCACUUUAAUCUAAUACAAUCAAGUCUAUCAAAGACUCGAGGUAGCAUAGCGGCAAUACCAGAAGAUAAACAUAGAGCAAAACACACAACCCUGCCUACCGGUUACCGCGGAGGCUGCGUCUCAGCGGCUGGCUACCCUCGUCGGCCGCACGCUCAACUUCGUCCUUUGUGAUCAACGUCUUCUUGUUGAGUUGCCUGGGAAGCGUACGUUUGUCAACGCACAGGUAACAUCAAGCACACUUGGACGCUUACCUCUUCUUCUUCUUCGCCUCGGCCUGCGGAAUGUUCACGCUCGCAGUAGAGUCGACGCUUGUGCGAGUUUUCCUGCUUGGCCGCACGAUAACAGAAUCGUCACUUUCCGCACCCUUGUCAUCGUGGCCGAUGAACAAGCGUUCUGUUUUCUCCACUAGAUGUGCUACCUCGUCCUUCUUCGCCUUCGUUGCAGGGACAGGCUUCGCUUUCGCUUUGUUGGUAACGGCAGCCUUCUUUCCAUGCGCAGGCUCGGGCUUGGGCGGUAACUUGGGGCCACUCCAUUCCUCGUCGGAUGCAUCUUCAAUCUCAUCUUCGUUGUAGUCCUGGUCGUGGCCAUCUUUGUCGUGAUAAUCCUCGUCGCCCGUGUCGGUAGCGGACUCGAUUUGCUCAGACUCAUCAGCAACUUGGCUACUUGAUAGACCAGAAUCCGUGCUCUCCCCUCUGGCGGACUGCGCCCGCGGGUGCUGUUUGUUCCGCGCAUUCUUGGCGACGAGAGGGGAGGAUGAACAUGGGACAUCACUCAGUUCUGAUUCUUCCGCUUCGUGAUCCUCGAUCUGUACCUCAUACUAUC